AUGGGACACACACAAUUUUUUGAUUAUGAUAAACCCAUGCCCUGUAUGGAGUGGAGAGGGUGCUCUCGCAUAGUUGUGACUGUUUUUUCCCUGUGUCCUGUGGCAGUAUUAGAUCCUGAAAGGGAGCGAGACACCAGUCAGAGACCAGUCAGGGAGGAGGGCAGAGGUGUGGAGGGGACACUGAACCAGGUGAGACAGUACACUGUCAUUUAUCACUCAUAAGGAUUCCAGGCAGCUUGAGACACUUUCAGUACGCUCACAUCCUUAAUUUCUUAUUUGUGUUUCAUUUCCCCACUGCUUUCAGUUCUCUAUUUCUUCAAACAUCAAAUAAGCAUGGCAAAUAUUAGGCUUGUGUAAAGGGGUGAAUUUUCUCAGAAUAAUGGUGUGUUCUUCAUUACAGAAGUUGUAAAAUAACAAAACCACAUGUAACCUCAAGUCACAUGCAUGUCUUCUCUGAUAUGUCUGAAUUCAUGUGUAGGCAUACAAUUUGAUAACACAAAUAUAUCUACAGGGAAUGAUUUAUUCAAAUAAAUAAAAAAUAAUAGAAUGUGAUAUACAGAGGCUACCUAAAGUCGAGGGUUUGUUAUUGAUUAGUGUAUUUUAUGUUGAUGUUUUGCGUAUGUUCAUUGUGGUAUAAAUUCACAAUUUUGUUUUGUCCUCAUCAUCAUAGGAAAUAAUAUUGCUAAGUGUCAUGUUGCAAUAUCACAAAUCUGAUCGUUUCAGCAUGUUCACAAAUGAGUAAUAGGAGGAAGGUGAUUAUUUUAUGUGGGAGUUAAGUGGCGUGUGAAAGAAUAUACGUACACAUUUCCCUGUAAUUGCACUAUCUAUCUACACAUACAGAAACUGCAGGAGUUCCACUUAGACACAGUUCUGGUAAUUGAAGAUUUUAAAAUAAAAGUUAGAGCAGAGAAGCAUCAAGACACUGAUCUGAGAUGAAUGCCUGUGGUUUCUGUGGUGACAAGUGGCCUGUUGAUUGCAUCAAUCAAUGUGAAAGUCUUGUUGACACAUUGACAUCAACAUCUCCUACGCCCUUUUCCAAAAUGUGAAUGUGGUGGAAAUGUAGAGGCUGUUUACUGACAGUCUUUCACAACGAUAUUCAUGCUUAUUUUAGUGUGUGGUUAACUGUGAUGUAUAUUGUAUGCUGGGCUUUAUGACUCGGACUGCAGUUGUUUCCUGUAUGAAACCAAUGUCACAUGGAGCUGACUGACAUCUCUCUGUUUUGUGGUCCAGCCAUGAAUAGAAUACAUUUAUUCAAUAUAGUAUACAUAUAAAUAAAACAACUGGCUUGCUUAUCUUAUAAUACUUACUGUAAACCUGUUCAAUAGUCAUAUGCAACUAAUGCAUUACGUUGUUAGAAAAAUACUAUUGAAUCAUUUCUGGAAAUGUGUUGCCCAAUAUGACUAAUCCAAAUUCCAGUCAUAAAUGCUUUGUCUUUAUUCUUAAGAACUUUACAUGAUAUCUCAUUGACUAACAGAUUAGAUGUGAGGAUGGCUGUGUAUGGCAUUAACGAUUAUUCUACAACUUUGUAAAAGCACUUAACCAAAACAUUUAAUAUUUUGGUGAAAAUAACCUACAAUGCAACGUAAGUCAUCUAUCCAUAGCAAGAGAAAGAGUUGCAGCUGGCCAGUCAAGGCAGGAAGAAGAAGAAGAAAGUGAGAGAGUAUUGCAUGGUUGGAGGCUCAUGGAUGAAAGAUAGACACGGUUUUCAGCUACAACACCCUAUGGGACAGCUGUAUAGAGCUGUGAGUCAGUCAGUGCUAUCCCAAAUAGGGGCCUACAUCUUCACUAUUACUCACCACUGGCUCCCGCUUCUCGGAACAAGUAACCACAGAGAGGAACCUGAUUCAAUAAGAAACUCUGGUUGAGUUUUGUCUACAGUGCAGCAUACACCACCGAAACAAAAUAGUCUCUGUAUUUGGUGAUUCAGACUGGGAUAUUGUAUGUUUUCAUUUUCUGCUCUCAUGUGAUGUAAAUGCAAUAAAAAAUAUCAAACCUCUACACUAUCAGUCCAUAACCCUGUGCAAAUUGAACCUGUAUGCUAUUGCACAACCGAUAAACCGAUAUUGUCCCUUUCAGAAUUUGGACUGUUGCCAAAAAUAAUAGUUUUACUUUUCAAAUAUUUCUAGUACAAAUUAUGAUACGGUGUCAGCAGUUUUGUGAAUUUCAGCUUCCUAUACUUUUGUAAUGUUAGUAAGUGUCCAGUUUGAUCAGUUUAAAGUGUCAUAGACACUUCUCAUCCCGACGAGUGCAGUGAAUGUGAGGACAUUUAUCUGGUGAGCGCUGGGGUUAAUUUCUGCUUGCCUCUACUGUUUCAUUUCUCAUUUGGUAUACACUGCAUGUUGUGACUUUUCUCCUUUCUGCUCAUUAGUGUUUGCUUACACAAAGCUUAAACAGAGUAACCUCCUAUUUCAACAUAAUAAUCAAUUCCUGAAAUAUGCCUCUGAAAACAACUGUCUAUGCUGCAAUACUGAUAAUUGCAAACAGAUUUUUUUUACCUCACUUUUUUUUUUAUUGAACAGAUUCUAAUCAUAUGAACUACUUCCUAGGCUACUCAGUCUGUCAUUUCUAAAUUACAUUCAUCCCAUUCACUUUCAUGUCAGUGGAAAAUAAAUGUAUAACAAAGGGCUUGUGAGUAAAGACUUUGGGGGGGGGGGGGGAAGGGCCCUUUCAUACUGUGUAACAAAAACUAUUCAUGCCUUCAUAUUUGAUAUUACCAGGUUUAGACCAUAUGUCUGUUGGUUUCCCUUUGUACAGGAUGUAUGUUUACUUAUUGAAAGGGGUGGUAAAAGCCAACUCAAAUUCUAGUUAUCCAAGAAAGGACAAGUAGUCUGAGAAAAGACUUUGUUGCAAUAAAAAAAAGAAGUGUAUUUCCUAUUGUAUGAUUGGUUUAUUGCUCAUUGCAGUUCUGUUUUGAAGAGUUACAGUGGGGAGAACAAGUAUUUGAUACACUGCCGAUUUUGCAGGUUUUCCUACUUACAAAGCAUGUAGAGGUCUGUAAUUUUUAUCAUAGGUACACUUCAACUGUGAGAGACGGAAUCUAAAACAAAAAUCCAGAAAAUCACAUUGUAUGAUUUUUAAGUAAUUAAUUUGCGUUUUAUUGCAUGACAUAAGUAUUUGAUACAUCAGAAAAGCAGAACUUAAUAUUUGGUACAGAAACCUUUGUUUGCAAUUACAGAGAUCAUACGUUUCCUGUAGGUCUUGACCAGGUUUGCACACACUGCAGCAGGGAUUUUGGCCCACUCCUCCAUACAGACCUUCUCCAGAUCCUUCAGGUUUCGGGGUUGUCGCUGGGCAAUACAGACUUUCAGCUCCCUCCAAAGAUUUUCUAUUGGGUUCAGGUCUGAAGACUGGCUAGGCCACUCCAGGACCUUGAGAUGCUUCUUACGGAGCCACUCCUUAGUUGCCCUGGCUGUGUGUUUCGGGUCGUUGUCAUGCUGGAAGACCCAGCAACGACCCAUCUUCAAUGCUCUUACUGAGGGAAGGAGGUUGUUGGCCAAGAUCUCGCGAUACAUGGCCCCAUCCAUCCUCCCCUCAAUACGGUGCAGUCGUCCUGUCCCCUUUGCAGAAAAGCAUCCCAAAAGAAUGAUGUUUCCACCUCCAUGCUUCACGGUUGGGAUGGUGUUCUUGGGGUUGUACUCAUCCUUCUUCUUCCUCCAAACACGGCAAGUGGAGUUUAGACCAAAAAGCUAUAUUUUUGUCUCAUCAGACCACAUUACCUUCUCCCAUUCCUCCUCUGGAUCAUCCAGAUGGUCAUUGGCAAACUUCAGACGGGCCUGGACAUGCGCUGGCUUGAGCAGGGGGACCUUGCGUGCGCUGCAGGAUUUUAAUCCAUGACGGCGUAGUGUGUUACUAAUGGUUUUCUUUGAGACUGUGGUCCCAGCUCUCUUCAGGUCAUUGACCAGGUCCUGACGUGUAGUUCUGGGCUGAUCCCUCACCUUCCUCAUGAUCAUUGAUGCUCUACGAGGUGAGAUCUUGCAUGGAGCCCCAGACCGAGGAUGAUUGACCGUCAUCUUGAACUUCUUCCAUUUUCUAAUAAUUGCGCCAACAGUUGUUGCCUUCUCACCAAGCUGCUUGCCUAUUGUCCUGUAGCCCACCCCAGCCUUGUGCAGGUCUACAAUUUUAUCCCUGAUGUCCUUACACAGCUCUCUGGUCUUGGCCAUUGUGGAGAGGUUGGAGUCUGUUUGAUUGAGUGUGUGGACAGGUGUCUUUUAUACAGGUAACGAGUUCAAACAGGUGCAGUUAAUACAGGUAAUGAGUGGAGAACAGGAGGGCUUCUUGAAGAAAAACUAACAGAUCUGUGAGAGCCGGAAUUCUUACUGGUUGGUAGGUGAUCAAAUACUUAUGUCAUGCAAUAAAAUGCAAAUUAAUUACUUAAAAAUCAUACAAUGUGAUUUUCUGGAUUUUUGUUUUAGAUUCUGUCUCUCACAGUUGAAAUGUACCUAUGAUAAAAAUUACAGACCUCUACAUGCUUUCUAAGUAGGAAAACCUGCAAAAUCGGCAGUGUAUCAAAUACUUGUUCUCCCCACUGUACAUGUUCAGUAAUAGUAUGCAUUCCUGGAAUUGGAUUUACAUUUCUGUAUUUUCUCUCCCUCUUUUGUCGAUCUGGUGGUCUCUACCGUAGAAUUCUGCAGCAAUGGAGAUUUCUGACUCGGCCAGUGAAUGUGAGGAGAGGCCCAGUUCUAGCCCAAUGGAGACAGAGGAGAGGUCCUUCAUAGCCAGUUUGCACUGUUUCAUGAAGGACCGAGGCACACCCAUUGAGAGGAUACCACACUUGGGCUUUAAGCAGAGUGAGUCCAUGCUCAAAGCAUAUAGCCAUAGCUUUAUCACCCAAUCUCUAUCUGCAUACAUUAUUAUAUAGAUUCAUUUCCUCUGCUCUUCAGAGCACCUCAGUCUCGAGCAUAGUUUGAAGUAAAUGCAUGUGUUAAGACCAUUUCAUCAUACUGUAGCUUCAUAGUGAACAAUAUUAAUUAUAGAAUUGUGCCCCAUGGUGUUCAAAUGCAUAUGGUUUCUACUUGCAGUUAACCUGUGGAAAAUCUACAAAGCUGUUGAGAAGCUUGGCAGUUACGACUCUGUGAGUACACCCAUAUAUAGUACAGAGUAGUUCUAUAUGUUCACCAGACAUAGGUUGUUGCUGUUUUUUUACACUUUACCUGAUUGUUGAUCAUACAUACAGAGGCGGCAGCUACUCGCAUUGUAUUUUUUUUUAUGUUGUCAAAGAUAUCAUGCAGUUUAGCAUCUUGUGUGGCACAUUAGCUUUAGUUAAUGGGAUGUAAACAUGACUGUUCCCACCACACUAAGAGCCGAGUCCACACUAGGCUGUCAACAUGAACCUGGCCAUGUAGCCUACCGUUCUACUGCUUUGUUCUCUUUGGCUGAAUGAAGUUUCCAUUCUGUGACGUGUACACGCUCAAUGCGCUGAGAGAGGAAGGGUUUCUCUGAAAUGCCACUUGAGUCAGAUUUCACAGGAGCUUGGUCAAUAGGACCUUGUUCUCUAUUUUAGUAAUGGGCCAUUCAUUUAAGCUCCCUCCAUAUAUUUUUAAUUAGUUCCAAAAGACAGAUUAAACAUUGUCUUAUACUGUGCGUCAAAUAUAUGAAUGGAUACGACUAGUGAUUCUGGAUUAGCGUCUUAAAGGUGUGUGUUUGCUCACUAUGGUGUAUGUCCCAACAGGUGACAUCGCGGCGGCUGUGGAAGAAUGUGUAUGAUGAGCUGGGCGGCAGCCCAGGCAGCACCAGCGCUGCUACCUGCACCCGCAGACACUAUGAGAGGUGAGGCCAAACACUGCUGUGCUCCCGCUAACCUGUCAGUAACAUCACUCCAUCUCUACAUGUUUUCAUGGUGUCAUCUGUUUGUGUUCCAUACAGGCUUGUUUUACCCUUUGAGAGACAGUUGAGGGGGGAGGAGGACAAACCUCUGCCUCCGAGCAAACCACGCAAACAGUACAAGAGGAGUCCAGAUGGCAAGGGGAGCAAGUCUGAGGUCAAGAGGAAGAGGCCCCAUCUGGAAAAGGAGACAGACUCUGAGGUACCUCACCUUGUACCUGUUAGUGGCCAUUGUCAUAACAAAGUCACUUCCUGUUCUCUAUUACUCCUGCCUAUGUACCCCACCUGUAUGAGUGGAAAUUACCUCUAUAUGUUGUCUUGUUACAGGGCCAGGUACAUUCUACUCCAUUGUCUUCAUGGACUACUCCAUCUGAAAGGCUCCACCCAGACCAUCCUCCACCAAACAGUGAGACUACCGUGUGUGACGACCUCUCUUCCUCAGCAUGCACCCUAUCUCACCCAGCCCAGGGCCCUACUUCAUGCCCCUGGAGAGGAAGUCAGCUCCAGUCUGCUGCUGCAGAUAUCAUCUCUCCUCUGGAGAAGAAGAAGCGUAUGGCCCAGGCCAGCCUGAGCCAGUCCCAGGACUCCCAGACCCCCAGACAGGGGGACUGUAAGGGCAGGCCCUCUGUGAUCCACUGCUCCCAGUCCCCAGGGCUGCUCCCUCCCAGCCGGACACGCACUACCUCUGAGGGCUCUCCUCUCCCUCCGUCGUCCUCCUCCUCCCGUAGCCCGUCCCCCUACUCCAUCUCUUCUGAGGACUGUCCAGCACUAACUGAAGACAGGCCGCCAGUACCAAAACCAGAAGUACACGUUCAUUUUUCCAGCAACCCUAUAUCUGCCCACAGUGGGGUCCACAAGCCUCGGACCUGCAGCCCUGAUGUCAAGGAAUAUGUUGGCUUCCCUGGAGGACAAAGAGAUUUCCCUCAGGUCAGCCCCCUACCAGUUGAAACCGUCUCUAUCAAAGGUCAGAGUAAAAACUCUGUAUGGAGCCCAGUCUGCAAUGGGAGUAACAGACGUCCAGCUCACCAGAUACACCCACCAACGUCUUGCACAUAUACUGUUAGAUCUUGCUUGGUUCCAUCCACCUCCAGUUUCACCAAGGUUUAUCCCAAGUCUAUGGAGUCUUUGCGGCCUAUACCCUUUCAGCCAGGUUACACAUUCCAUCAAAACCCAAAUAGGCCCAUGUUGCAUGAUGACGGUCUGAUCUAUAAGAAGAAACUACAUAUGGUCCCUCGACAUUAUCAGAUGGAGAAAAAGGAGAAGUCCAGGACCAUGUUGCCCAAGCCACUUCCAACUCAACAACCUGUGUUCCACCCUAAUGCCAGCAUUCCAGUGUCCUACCUCAUCCCAGCCUAUGACAGGACAAGGGGAGACUCUGGGCAGAAGCCACCUGUACACCCUCUCUUUCUACCUACCCACGUCAGACUGUCCCAGUCCCAGACCAACCCUAUGUACCGCCAUGCCCCAACGGGACACACCCAUACUUCCUCUUAUGAGCCUGCUCUCUACUCCUAUCCCUAUCACAUUCCUAUGUGUAAUCCCCAUACUGGAUACAGCAUCACUGGUGUACAUUAUCCUCACACCAGGCUUUGA